AUGCUGUCACUCACUUCACUUCACUUCAGCAUCAAAUUCAAUUCACAGAGAGAAGUAGAGGAACCGAUUUUGCUUGUAGAAGUAGAAGCAGAACAGAACACAUCUGUUUUAGAAGUGUCUGCUAGAGGUGAUGUUAUGUUAUGGUUUUGAAGUGGGAAAACAAGUAUUUCAAAAUGUCAACACCAUAAAGUUUCGUGAAAAAUGUGUUUUAUUCGUUUAGUGUGAUUGUGUUGUGACAAACUCAAGGUCCAAAGACAUGUAUUUUGGUAAAACUGAUCAGGGGUUUCCCAUACAUUGUUAGUUUCAGAGUGUUAUUUGUUACUUAUUGUAGCCUAGUUACUUAUUGUUGCUAUUUGAACAUGGCAAAUGUCACUGGCCCUCCUUCCCUUGAUUCCGAAUAUGACGAGUAUCUUGCCAUACCAGACAUAGAUGAUGAUGGAACACCAUACACUGUUACAGAUGGUUUGGGAGGAAAAUGUGAUCUUGAUGAUAUCCCACUUGGAUCACGAGCUCUUCCAUUCAAAAAUGUACACUUGCCACCUAUCAAGUUUAAGUCACCUCAUAGAAGAAUAUUCAUUUCUAAUGAAGAGAUAGAACUGCAAUUUACAGAUUACGAAAGAAGUGUCACUACUCAUCUUCUGAAUCCUAACCUCUACACUAUUGAGCUGAGGCACGGAGACUUCACAUGGACUUUGAAGAAGCGAUAUAAACACUUCCACCAACUCCAUCAACAGUUGAGGUUAUUUAGAGCUUCGCUCAACAUUCCAUUUCCCACCAAGACACACAAGGAACGCAGAGAGAGCGCAAAGCACAUCGCAACCCAUAGCAAAGGAGGCACAUCAGGCUCACUUCCUAGGUUCCCAUCUAAACCUGAUGCUCUGGUCCCAGAUGAGCAGAUAGAAAACCGCAUGCGACAGUUGGAAGAAUACCUUCGCAAUCUCUUGAAAAUCCCUUUAUACAGAGACCACCAUGAAACUACAAAUUUCCUGGAAGUGUCACAGCUUUCUUUUGUCGCUGGACUCGGGCUGAAAGGGAAGGAGGGCGAGAUACUGAAGCGUACACGGAGUGCUCAGCCUGGCGCCCGGGGUUGUAACUGCUGCGGUCUGCUCAACAACGGCUGCUGUGUCAGGUGCAACUAUCUAUGCAGUGAUGUGUGUGGCUCGUGGCGUCGUCGCUGGCUUGUAGUGAAGGACUCCUUCAUAGCCUACAUCCGGCCCAGAGACGGGUCUGUCAAGUGUGUCAUAUUGUAUGAUACCAACUUUGAAGUGUCUUCAGGCAUUUUUUCCACCGGACUUAGAAGAGGGCUACACAUAAUUAAUUUAAGCAGGCACAUAGUGAUCAAAUGUCCAACACGAAGGACCACACAAGAAUGGAUGGCCUAUAUAAGGGAGAACGCACACAACAGUGACUUCAUCCGUAGUAAUCGGUACCACUCUUACGCGCCGUACCGCAUAGAGACAAUGGCAUCUUGGUUUGUGGACGGAUGUGACUACAUGAGCGCUGUGGCCGACGCGAUGGAACGUGCACGAGAGGAGAUCUUCAUAGCCGACUGGUGGCUGAGUCCGGAGAUAUACAUGAAGCGACCUGCGAUAGAGGGUGAUUAUUGGCGGCUGGACAAAAUACUACAGAGGAAAGCGUCUCAAGGUGUGAAAGUUUUUGUCUUGCUGUAUAAAGAAGUGGAACUUGCACUUGGAAUCAACAGUUACUACAGCAAACAAAGAAUUGUGUCCAGCCAUCCUGCCAAUAUAAAAGUUCUCAGACACCCAGAUCAUGCCAAGGCUGGAGUGUUUCUGUGGGCUCAUCAUGAGAAGAUAGUAGUUGUAGACCAGUCAGUCGCCUUCCUGGGGGGCAUCGACCUCUGCUACGGCCGCUGGGACACCCACGAGCAUCGAUUGACAGACCUGGGAAGUGUGUCGUCUGCAGUGAGGAACGGACUACACAGGAUAUCCACGUCCAGUCACCAGUACAAGACCUCGGCCCCCACACUGCUACAUCUAGCUAGGGUCACCAACUCACUUGGGGUGGGCCUCGCCACCGUGCCUGAGGUUCUUGCUGACAAUAGCACAGAGCUACAGGAUGUGCCCCUCACACCCACAGAUGAGGUUGAUGCUGAAGGUUUCCAAACAGCCAACGGCAACCUACUCAACCAGCCGUCACCUGAGAACAUGAAGGCUGACACACCCGAACUGGAGAGAAAGAAUGUCUUUGACAGGGUUAAAGAUAAUGUCAAAUCACUAUUGAGCUUCGACAGUGAAAGUGAGAGUGAAGAAGAAAAAGAUAAGGAGAAAGUUAAUGAAAGUUCUCCUGAUGUACCGGUGGAGGAGACUGCUCUUCCUGAAAUUGUUGCCAACAGCGAAAAUAUAUUUUCUGGAGGUGAAGCUCAAGAGAUUGUGGACACUAGUAAAAAUUCAAUGAAAGGCCUCUUUGGUAAUGCCAAAUAUUGGAUUGGUAAAGACUAUACCAACUUCAUUGUAAAAGAUUUCAACAAUCUGGACAGGCCUUAUCAAGACCUGGUAGAUAGGAGUCACACACCCCGCAUGCCCUGGCACGAUGUUGGGGCUAUGGUACACGGAGCUGCCGCUAGAGAUGUGGCGCGACACUUCAUCAUGCGAUGGAACGCUGUCAAGCUGGAUAAGGCCAAGUUGAACCCAAUGUACCCUAACCUGAUACCAAAGACAUACAGAGACGUAGAGCUGACUCCAAUAAUGCAGCUCCCCGAUGUCAAACUGUACAGGGUGAAAGCUCAGAUUGUCAGGUCUGUCAGUCACUGGUCGGCAGGGUUCAUGGACCAGGAGACAUGGGAGGGCAGCAUCCACGAGGCCUACGUAGACAUCAUCAGCAAGGCCAAGCGCUACGUAUACAUUGAGAACCAGUUCUUCAUCACUCUAGCUUCGCUCCAAGUGAGAAACCAGAUAGGUGAUGCGUUGUUCAAACGGAUUCUGCGUGCUCAUAGAGAGAAGACUCAGUUCCGAGUGUUUGUCGUGAUGCCGCUGCUGCCAGGCUUUGAGGGAGAGGUUGGCAGUCCGUCAGGCUCGGCUCUUCAUGCCAUUACUCAUUGGAACUAUGCAUCCAUCAACCGAGGGAAAGAUUCUUUGAUGGUUCGUCUGAAAGAAGCCGGAGUCCCUGAUCCUUCAGAAUUCAUCACUUUUCACGGACUUAGGACACAUUCUGAACUUAAUGGAGAAUUGGUGACUGAGUUGAUAUACGUUCACUCAAAACUGUUGAUCGCAGACGACACAACAGCCAUCUGUGGUUCUGCCAACAUCAACGACAGAAGCCUGUUGGGUAGCCGGGACUCUGAAGUGGCAGUUGUAAUACAGGAUGAAGAGUUUGAGGAGGUGACGAUGGGUGAGGAGACUGUGAAGGUAGGUUUCUACUGCGGAGAGCUUCGACAGAGACUGUUCAAGGAACAUCUUGGACUGUUGUCUCCAGGCAGCAGCUCUGUGGACCUCAGGGACCCAGUGUCUCCUCAGUUCUACCAUGACGUUUGGAGAACCACAGCCAAGACUAAUACGGAGAUAUUCGAGAAGGUAUUUAACUGCAUCCCCAGUGAUGAGGUGACCAACUUUCAAACACUACGCCUCUACCAAGACAAAAUGCCUCUGCACUGCACUGAUCCUUCGUUUGCUGAGAAACUCAUGCAAGAUAUCAAGGGCCAUCUUGUUAUGUUGCCGUUGAACUUUCUUCGAGACGAGAUCCUCACUCCGAACCCCAGCUCGGUCAAUGGUAUGAUGCCUACCACCCUUUGGACCUAGAUAGACUUGCUGUACGUCACAAGGAAACUACAUUAUUAUUGCAGUUGAAAAUGACAGUACAUCGUCUUAAGAAAGCAAAAUAUUGAAAGUUACCACUUAGCAAGGCAGCUUUUUGAAGCUUUUAUAAUAGAAAUGGGCCAAUUCAGAUUCUUUAUACUUGUGACUUAUUAUUCAAUACUUAAUCUCCAGAAUAUUAGUUGUUACCUAUUUUAUUGGCUUUAGUUUUUUACUACAAUUUAGCAUUAUUUGUCUCCUGUGACCAUAGUGGAAUUGCCAUCCACUCCUACACAAUCAGGGUUUAUUUUGCAGAUUAUAGUGCAAGAUUAUCCUAAAAUAAACCCAAAUAUUCAAAUCCUGAAAAAAAAUCAUAAAUAGAAUUGUCCCCCAAAUAAGGUUUUGACCAUCUAAAGGCGGCUCCAGACAUGCACCAUUCGCCAAGCACCGAACAGCAACUCGCCAAAUUGCGAAUAGUGUGGAUAGGGGUUUGUCUAUUUGGCAAGCAGCAAACAUUCGUGCUCUUGUUUUCCCGUUUAUUGUCAGUAUUUUUGCACACAUCAAAGUGAACGAAUACUUUUGCUAUUCUCGAAACAAACAGUUGCUCGGAAAACAACACAUGUGUGUAGUUUCUCCUCGUUAAUCGGCGAAUAGCAAGACCACUAGAUCGCCGAAAGUCAAAUAUUUUGUCCUUUGAGAAUGGUGCAUGUCUGGAGCUGGCUUGGUUAUGGACUAAUUAAGGAAAAAUUUAUCAGCUAUCUAAAAAUUUAAAAGUGGUUCUGUUAAUAAAAAUAUUCGAGUCAAAUAACAAUUCAAAUUAACACUCGGUAACAUUGUUAAUAUCUGACAAUCUUGGAAUCGGCCCAUCACUACUUUUAAGUCUUAAUUUUUCUAGAAGCCAAUGAUAAAAAAAUCUGCUCAAUAUCUUGAGAAACUUUGUAAGAUAAAGGUAUAUGGUAGUUGUUGUUUUAAGUUUUUAUUUUGAUUAUUUUUUAAAAUAUUUUUCUACAAAACUAGUAAGAAACUGUGUGUAAAACAAGUAAGAGUGAAAAUGUUUCUAUGUUGAAUUUGUGAUUUAGUUUUGUAUGAAAUUUUAAAAUCUUAAGUAAUUGAGUGUAAACUAAAUGUUUUUAUAUGUUUCUAUUGCAGCUUUUAAAUGUGAAUUUUUGUUUUGUUUUGAAAUAUGUACCUGGUUUUAAAUUAAGGUUUACUUUAGUAUUUCACUUAAGAUAUAAUUCUUAAAUCCAAAUACACAAAAAGGAGAUAAUUCAUGGGAAAAACUAAAAUGUCUAUUCGAUCCACGUAUAUUUUGAUCAAUGUCUAUAAGUACAAACUAGAAUUAUAACAUUUCCAUUAGGAUUAUUAAUUAUGUAGGUACUUUGGUGUUAAUUAAGACAUUUUCAUUUUACCCAUUAUAGUUUUCAUUGUGCUUUUUUAUCCACUCAAUAAAAUAAAAUAGAGCCUCGAUUACCUAGAGUACCUAAUAAAGAAAAGGCUGAUAGCCUUAAUAAAUCAAAUCUCAAUUGAAUCCUUGAUUCUACAACAUGUUGUGUUACCUCUAUGAAUUGAAAGGUUGAAAAAGAUAAAUCAAAGCUAUUGGAUCCUUUGAGAUACUACCGGUACCUCUAAAAUUUGACGGUUUUAUAUAAGUUUUUCACUUUUCAGUAAAAGUUUUGGUUACCUUAAUAAAAUCAAAGUUGUACAGUAGUGGACAAAAUUCUGUAGUAUAUAUAACUGAUGCUAUCUUGACACAACUAAAAAAAUGUAAUAGUCAAAUCAUCAAAAAAUAACUGGAACUGGUGGAUGAUUGACUGAUGUUAUUAGCCAAUAAAUAGUUUGUUAACACGUUCGCUGCUGAGCGCUAGAUGCCGGGACGGCGCCAGUUGCUGAACUAACGCUCGGCCGCUGCGUGACAUUGCCACCGAUACACUGAAUUACAAUAAAAACAACAGUAGUUAUACUGGAUGGCAAUGUUCUGCAAUAAAACUGGCUUUGGAUAUAGUACUAAGUGAUUCUGAUAGAUAGCAGCACUACCCAGGUUACAGUCGUUAAAGUAGUGUUGCUAUCUAGCAGGAAAGAGGUAAAACAAAGCCCUGUUCCAAACGACCCUGGUGGUGAUUUGGGAAACUAUAUUUUUUAUUGUCAGAAAAGUACGUCCCCACGAGCUGCAAAGAAAUAUAGAACGCUUGUGACGUGCUGGCUUAUCCAUAGCAACGUUAAACAACAAUGAACGGUGACGUUCUGGAACGUUCUUAGCUCCUGGCGCCGUGGCCCGGCUGACGUUCCGGAACGUCCGUAGCAGCGAACGUGUUAACGUCCUGAUCUCUAAAAGAAUAUUUUUGUCUCUAACUUGUCCAUUUAAAGAUGAGUUUCAUUAAUUCCAAAAAUGAACUUUUUAAUUCUAACUUUUGUGUUUUGGAAUUUAUUUGAAUCUGUCGUUACCCUUAGGAUUAUCAUUAUAUACAUAUCAAGAUUCCGCUGUAACUGGAAAAAUAUUGGUAACACUUCCUUUAGUCUGUGAAAAAACGUAAGCGGUUUGAGGGGAGGUUCCACGCCACUUUUUUUCUUAAUUAUGCUGCAGCUUUUAGAAGUUAUGGCAAACCUCAGCUGUUGAGCAAUUGUUUUAAAUGCGUGAUCAAUUGGAGGGACAGAUUUCUUCCCCUAAAACCACCUUAAUAUUGUGAAUGGAGAAUAGUUAAAAAUGUAAUGGCGAGUGUGAGAUAUUUUUGAAAACCAAAUUAUAACAUCUGAACAGUUCUCGCAGAAAAGAAAUCUGCUUACUUAAGUAAGCUAUUGGCACUAAGUCUCUGAUUGUCAAUACUCACAACUAUAUGUAGCAUUAUAGAAAUGCCAAAACUUAAUUUUCUAAGCAGUAUUAAGUAGUAUAAUCUAUGAUCAAACAUUUUACCACUAUGUAAGUACUUCUGUAAAUAUUAUUCUAGAUGUGAAAAUAUUACAUUGUAUUCAAGGCUCAUAGAUACAAAGUGCCUUUAUAAGAAUAUUAUACUAUUUUUAGUAUAUGGAAAACAGCUACCCUGUCUUAUUGUAUAUUUUCAAAUUUUCUGAUGUUUUAUCAAGUAAGUAUGGUAUGGUGCAUGAUAUAGAUGUUUAUGAUCUGUGACUUAUUUCUACCCAACGAAGAGCUCCAGAACUAUGUUUGUUAUACAGUUUUAUUUUUUUUAUGUUCACCAAUCAUAUUAGAAAUUAUAUCAGAUUUCUUUUUUAA